GGCUGGAGUCGCCGUCCGAUUGCUUCUCUCCAACUUCUCGAUUGCUUUGGAAAAGCGGUGCUUUGAAGACAAUCCACUUAGCCCCACUACGCAAUGUAAACGACUGAAAGGUGUCAGAUAUUUUGGGACAGGAAUCCGUUCAAUCUCGCUACUGCUUCGAGUCGUUUGGGUGCACGUUGAAACUUCGAGGCCUGCUUUGUUAGCCUAUCCUAGUUUAGCAGCUAACAAAGAGAAACAACGCGCCUCGGAUAAACACGUCGCCGAGCAAGCAAACAUCAAGUCCCAAAAUGUCAGAUGUCAGUCAAGCGCAUCGUCCUGAACGCCAGGAGUCUCCUCGCAUGGAGGAAGAGUCGCCAUACAUCAAGAAGGUGGAGGAAGAAUUCAUCCGCAUUAAAGAGGAGCAGGAGGAGUAUUUCAUUAGAGUGGUGAACCCCCACAUUGAGGAGCAGCAGCAACCUCAUCCCCUCAAAAAGGAGGAGGAGGACCCUCCAUAUGUUAAAGUGGAGGUGGUGGACAUCCCCAUUUGGACUGAUGAGCCCUUUAAGGGUGAAGAUGGCGGUGUGAGUGAGCCCAGCAGAGGGACGGAGCCUCAGAAUGGCAGCAACAGCAGUUCAAAAGAAGGAUCCCAAGCAGACAACCUCAUCGCUCGACCAUCAGAGAGUGACGAUUUCACAUCACACUCCGUGUUCUAUCAAUGUGUCAGCCAAGCCCAUCGUCUUGAGCACCAGGAGUCUUCUUGCGUCAAGGCGGAGGAGGAAGAGUCGCCAUACAUCAAGGAGGAGGAAGAGUCCGUUCCCAUUAAAGGUUUCAGAAAAUAUCUUGGUGCUGAGCUACAAUCUCCUGGUGUAACAGAGGAUGUUGAGCUCCCCCAAAUCAAACAGGAGGAGGUGACAGAGCCCUGUCAACAGAAGCAACUUCCAAUCAAAAAGGAGGAGGAGGAGCUGCCAUAUGGUAAAGAGGAGGAGGAGCAUAUCACCAGGUGGACUGGUGAUCCCUUGAAGAGUGAAGACGGUCAGAGUGAGGCCGGCAGAGGGGCGGAGACUCCAAGCGGCAGCAGCUCAACAGAAGGAUUGCAAGCAGACAUUUUCAUCGCUAUAUCAGACACAGAUGCCGACACGUCACACUCACCUUACAAUGAUGAUGGUCAUAAAACAUCUCACAGUGACGACAAACUCUGCAAAUGCUCUCAAUGUGGGAAAACCUUUGCUAAUAAGUAUACUUGUCGAAUGCAUAUAAGGAGCCACACUGGUGAAAAGCCUUUUGCCUGCUCAAUUUGUGAGAAAAGAUUCAGGCACAAAACCCACUUGAUAUCCCACGAAAGAACCCACACUGGCGAAAAACCUUAUGCCUGCUCAGUUUGUGGUCAAAGAUUCGCUCAAAAGCAAAACUUACAAAGUCACGAAAGAACCCACACUGGUGAAAAACCUUUUUCCUGCUUAGUUUGUGAUCAACGAUUCAGUCACAAGAGCAUCUUAAAACGACACACAAGAGCCCACACUGGCGAAAAACCUUUUUCCUGCUCAGUUUGUGAUCAAGGAUUCUCUCGAAAGCAACACUUACAAAGUCACGAAAGAACCCACACUGGUGAAAAACCUUUUCCCUGCUCAGUUUGUGGUCAAAGAUUCAGUGACAAGGGAUCCUUAAAACGACACACAAGAACCCACACUGGCGAAAAUCCUUUUUCCUGCUCAAUUUGUGGUCAAGGAUUCUCUCAAAAGCAACUCUUACAAAGUCACGAAAGAACCCACACUGGCGAAAAACCUUUUGCCUGCCCGGUUUGUGGUCAAAGAUUCAGUGACAAGAGCAACUUAAAACGACACACAAGAGCCCACACUGGCGAAAAACCUUUUUCCUGCUCAGUUUGUGAUCAAGGAUUCUCCCGAAAGCAACAUUUACAGAUUCACAAAAGAACCCACACUGGCGAAAAACCUUUUCCCUGUUCAGUUUGUGGUCAAAGAUUCGCUCACAAGUCAUACUUGAAAGAACACACAAGAACCCACACUGGCGAAAAACCUUUUUCCUGCUCAGUUUGUGGACAAAGAUUUAGUUGCAAGAGGACCUUAAAACGACACACAAGAACCCACACUGGCGAAAACCCUUCUUCCCGCUCAGUUUGUGGUCAAAGAUUCGCUCAAAAGCAAGAGUGUCCAAACUUUUUGCAAAGGGGGCCAGAGUUGGUGUGGUAAAAAUGUGGGGGGCCGACCUUGGCUGACGUCGUUUACGUAGAACAAUAUAUUUAAGCAAAUUUUAGCCAGCCAUUCAGUGUGGCACAUUUGCUUUAUUAUUUUUUUUAAUGAAUAAUUUCAACAAUCUGGCAACUAGCCUUUGUGGCGUUCUCUUUCGACUCUCGGGCAUUUGCGAAAUACUGCUGCUGUGAAAUCAAACUAGCUUCAAGUUGCUUCAAUUUCUCGCUGCGUAUCUUCCCUUCCAUCUUGUCGUACAUGUCAGAUAGUCUUGUUUGGUAUUAUCGCCUAACAUUGAAAUCUUUAAAAACAGCAACGGUCUCUUUGCAAAUGAGGCAGACACAGUUGUUGCGUAUUUUAGUGAAGAAAUAGUCCAAUUUCCACCUGUCCUUGAAGCGUCGGCCGUCACAGUCAACUUUCUUUUUUUUGUUGAUUUUCGCUAUUUUAGAAAAUGGAAGUAAUGGGUCACAUGGGGUAGUGUUGCUUAGCCCUUAAAUACCCGCAACAUGAAGCAAUUAUCAGAGAAUCCCAAAAUUUGAAAAAUAAGGUCCUAAUGAAACCUUUUUCUCAAAUUUGUAAAAAGAAAAGUCAAAAUGAAUAUGUGUAAUAAGCAGUUUUGUUAAUCUUACUGAAAAAAAGUAAUUAAUUAUAGUUACAAAUUACUUCUCCCAAAAAGUAAUUGCGUUAGUAACUCAAUUACCUGAAUGUAAGAGUAAUUAGUUACUUUACAAAGUAAUUGGUGAUAAUUACUUUGUUUUUCCUCAAAAAUAAAAAAAACAACAAAAAAAACCAUUGGCCACACUAUGUGAAGUUUUUUGUGAAGGUUUUUGGUACAAUUGGGCCGAGCCUAAUUCUUUACCCUAAUUUACCCUUUACCCUGAAUCAACUGUUAAAAGUUGUUAAAAUUGCUCCCAUUAUUGCAUUAGUUCCCUUCUCUCUACUUUCGACAUAUGAAAGUUUUAAAACUGUUUCAUCAUUUAAAGAUAGAUUCAAGUCAAGAUUUUGCCGAUUUAGAAGUAUUUUAGAUAAAAAGUUACUUAGGUUCGCUAGGAAGGUUCACUACAGCAGAGCCGUCCUAAAAAGUCUACUGGUUUAAGAUGGCGGCUGUUUACUAACGCAUCUAGUGCCGUGUCUGUCAUUUUGCAUCUAGUUAUAUCUAUAUACAGUAUAUGUGAUUUCUACCAUAUCUACCAUAACAUGCGGGCGUAGUUUGUACUAGCUAUCGGCUACAACAUGUAUUAUUGGAGCUACCUAGCAUCGCGUUUGCUCGGCGUCACAACUUUCUUGCCCCCUCCCUACUCCUGCUCUGCUAUGUCGUCUCGGUGAGUCCGUCUCCCUCAGACUUUUCAACCAAUAUAGUAACGCAUAGUAACGCAUGCCUUUCCGUCCUCAGUAACAGUAACGGCGUUGCCAAGAUGAGAAAAGUAAUUAAUUAGAUUACCCACUACUGAAAAAAAUAACGCCGUUAGUAACGCCGUUAUAUUGUAACGCCGUUAUUAACAACACUGGUAAUAAGCGCUCUAAUAUCUAUAACCCAUGCUAAAUCAUGUUUUUUUCUCAUGGAAACUGCAGAUGCAUGAGUUGACUUGCAUCCAUCAUUUUUUUUCCCCAAAAAGAAAUGUCAAAAUUCUAAAUUAGUCUCAAAAUCCUUAAAUUUUAGGUGUAUCAAAUGUGAUACAUUAGGCAAUAAAGGGUUAAAGUGCUGCUGCCUUUUAGUGGGUAAAUGAGGAGCAGCAUUUCGUGUGUAAGCUACUUAAUAUGCUGGCCAAUUUAUUAAGUCUGUGUGCAGGCCAGACAUUAUUGAUUUUAUGGCAGAGGCUAGGGGCCGGAUGAAAUUUGACCACGGGCCGCAUUUGGCCCCCGGGCCGGACUUUGGACAUGUCUGCUCAAAAGCAAUACUUGCAAGCACACACAAGACUUCACACUGGCGAGAAACCUUUUUCCUGUUCAGUUUGUGGUCAAAGAUUUGCUCAGAGGGAUCGGAUGAAGAGACACGUGUGUGUUGGUGUGAAAAGCAGUGGCCAAUGACUUUUGCCUGUCAACCAUGCUAGCUCCAUCAGAUUAUGCACGCAGGUUAGGUUAGGGUUGGAGGUUACGUUCGUAUUCGUGGUGCACUUUAUUUUUGUGAUUGCAUUUUUGUUUGGCCUUUGCAAUUUUGUGUUUUUUAUUAUUUCUUGCCAUCUACGUCUUUCCCUUGGUUCUCUCGCCGAUUGGCAUUAUUUAUAUUUUAAUCUCCCAUUCAAACUACACUUUUCACAUAACUACACUUUUCACAUUUAAUAUUUGAAACCGCAGACCCCAAAUUCCAAAAAUUCAAAAUUAUUCAUAAAUAUUGUCAUUAAAUAAAUGUGAAAAUUUAGAAUGCAUUGUUCAAUAUUGCAAAAAUAAUUUGAAAAAAAUACUGGCUCAGAAAUUAGUUUUUUUGUGUGGGGGUAAAUGCAAAUAUAAUUUUCUUUUUAUUUCGACUCGUGAUUGACAGAGUAUGAGGGCCAAAUAAAGAAAAAUGAAGAAAAACAAAGCACUAUGGCAGUAAAGUCGUGUUCUUACAACAAGAAUUUUUUUUAAAUUCCUGUAGCAAGUUUUGGUAUCUAAUUUUCUUCUUCUUUUUUUUUUUUUUAAAAAUAUCUAAAUAAAUAAAACACUCGGAAUCAUUUCUGUAUUUAACUUUGCAGAUUAUAUGUUUUGUGAUGAAAAUGUUGUCUGUUCAUAACAUGGUCACCACCACCUGACACCUACAGGGGUCGCAUUGAAUAAGGCGCUAUUGGAAUGGAAAAGUUCACAGUUGCCAUGGUUUUUUUUGUAAUAAGUCAAGCAUGCUGAUAACCAAAUGGCACAGGCCAUCUUCUUCACAUUCUUUUUCAUUCACUCACAAGCGUGUUUGUUGUGGUGCAUCGCAAAGACUGAUGGAAGGUUGAAGAUACUCUAAUAACCUUACACUUACAUAUAUAUUUUUUGCAGGAAAUCCUAAUCUAUAUUGUGUUCAUGACAUUUAAUUCAGAUAAAAUGUUUUACCAACUCAUGACCUUAAACUACUGCUGACAAUAAUUUGUGUUAAUUUUGUUUCAGAAUAUGCAUCUGAAAUCAAGAUUUAAAAAACCAAGAGGAAUUUCUGAGACUGGGAGAGCAAAUUGGGAAGAAAAAUCCCAACCCUCUUUUUCAACCCAAACAGCCAUUAGAGAAACAGACAUUGGCCAAGGGCAGGACGCCAAAACAAAUGACACAGUUUGGGUUUUGGGUGAAGUUUAUUCAGCUACAUUGGCCUUACAUAAUAAUACUUUUCUUCUCGUAGUAAUUGUACGACUUUUUUUUUCUUGUAGUAACAGUACGGCUUGAAUCACGCAGUCCUUUUUUCCCCUCGUUAUUUGGCCCUAAUACUCAGUCGUACUAAUAUUCCGUCGAGUUUGACAACAUCCUUGCUAGUAAUUAUUUAGAAAUGGACAUCCUUUGAACAUGAGAAUGUGUCUGUGCAGACUUAAUAUUAACAGACGUGACUUUACUUUUCAAUUGUUGUUAUUGCUGGGCUCCACCUGGCCUUUUAUUUUUUGUUUUCGCGUAUUCAUUUUGGUGUCAUCAGCCCCCCCUCAAAUUUACAAAGCCUGCAUACUUACCUCAUUGUCACAUUGAAGAAAUGUCAAGAACGAAGGGGGGAAAAAAAGACUGCUAAUCCCCAUUGGCACCACUCCACUCUUGAGUAUGAUCAAGACAAGACCUCUUGUUACACUGACAUUUUGUAUAUUGAAACAGGAAAGCGGUAAAGGUUUUGUUACGCCCCCCCCCCCCCCCCCCCCUUAAAAAUUAAGCAUAAUUCAUGGACUUUGUGCUCCUUAAAGAUACUUUUUAAGAAUUUUUAGAAUUCAUGCAUAAUUAUCUUGGUGAGCCUUUGAGCUCAGUAUCAUGGGGUCCUAGAAGACUUCAAACUAGUAAUUUUAUCUCCCCCCAGUGUAACAAUACAUAACUGACGUAACACGACAUUAGAGAUUAAAUUUAUGUUGGAUGGUUGGAUGAACCAGGCAACCUAGUUAUUCUACUUAUUUAAAAAAACUUAGUAUUUUUCUGUUUGUUGUGCAGUGGAACUAAAUGCCUCUCAUCCCUUUUUAUUGUUAUUUUUUGGGAUAAUUUGCCUUAUUUGGGUGGACCCGCGGUUAGUAUUGCUAUGUCGUCAGUAGACCAAUUGUUAAUGUUAAUUUAUUGUAUUGAGAAUAGUUCUGAAAUUUUGCACUGGUAGGAGAAUAAAGUCUCCUUGUUUGAAACAUGUUUUUCCAUUUCUGGAAAAUGUUCACAAUAAAGGCUGUUUCAACACACAUACUUGGACUCGUAAGAAUCUUAUAAUUAUAAAUCUUUAUUUAUAUUUGUUGUAUCAAAGCCCAAUUCUUGACAAAGACAUCACCCGUUGACCAAAUUGAGAAGUGAUUAGUAAUACAUAUACAUUUUGAGAGCGCCAUCUUUUUCACCUGAUUCCGAUGCUCUGUUUAAAACAA